GUUUUAGUAUUAUUUUAUUUAAACUCAAGUCAAAUUUAGCGUUGCAAGUCCAUUUCCAAGUCCUAUCGUUGCGCUUGUUAACUGAAUUUUCCCCCAUUUUUUAUGGUGGUUCACUGUAAAUUGAGCGGAGCAUGCAUGAUGGAUCAUCAACAGUAAUGAAGAACAGAAACCGACAAAACAGAAGCAACGACGAUUUAAAGAUACAGUGAAUGAAGUAAGUUUUGCUGGUGCAAUGUUUAUGCAAUCAUUUAAAUAUUUUUACAGACGAUUCCAUAAAACUUUGAUCACAAAUGUUCCGAACUUCGUUCGUUGCGAAGUUAGCAAGUUCGCUGCGAAGUUCAAAAGUUCAUAAUGAGAUUCACAAACCAGUUUGUAAACUACGCAUUUAAUUGGCUUCCUCUAAAUCAGGUACCAAUAUGAACUUCAGAACUGAAAAAUUCGUGGUUAAGAAAUUAUUGUUACAACUUUGUUACACCUGCACCUCCCGGUAUCCGCUACUGUUACUCAGUUCUUCCUUUAUUUCUGUGUGAAUGCUACACCCUGACGUUUAUGAAAUUUUAGCAUUACUAUCUUUAAAAGUAUACUAAGUAAAUGUUUCUAUAACAUGUGUAGUGAAAUAUUCAAUCUAUUUUGUUACUGAUGGGAAAUAUCCUUUCAUUUCAGAUGAAGACCUACAACCAACAGAUCCUAAAACAUCGCCAAGAUGAGAAUAACAGAAGUUUUAUCAAGGUAAGAGAAAAUGAAAAAGGAUGCCUUUUAAUCGUUUCUUAUUAAAAACCGAAAAACUAUUCAAAAAUUUUGGAUAAAAUAACUGUUACAAAUAAAUGUUUAUUUAUCCUUCAGGGAAAAGAAAUUUUACAUCAAGCCGCUUCCUACGAGCUUGUACGGAGAGAAGACAAUUGCGAAGUGAAGACAACUAGAUCAUCCAACCAAAGACAAUAUACGAUUGAAUUGCCAGAUGAAGGAAUGGUAGAUGACAUGGAUCCAUCAACUGAACGUCGAUGCCCAAUCAACAGAAACAACGAAAAUGCAAAACUGGUAAAUAUAGAUGUAAGUGAUGUUAUAAAACUUUUGAAAUACAUGAAUGCAGGAAUUUCUCGCUUUUUCAAACCUAAUAAUAUACAUAAAAAAUGUUCUCCACUCCGAUUGAAAAUACAGUGCCAAAAAAGAAACACAGUGCCAAUACGAAAUACUUCGAAAACAGCAAAACAAAAACACAUUUUGACAGCUGACAAAUCUUGUAUCAAGUUGCUGGGUCAUUUAAAUGGACAAGUAAAUUAUUUACUUCGCAUGUGUUUCGUGCCUGGAAGUGACCACGAAUAUGCUUCUGUAUAAUUUUUUCAUGCAUGUAUAUUAUUAUUAUUAAUAAGUAAUAGUAUGGUUUCUCGCUCAAUUUGGAAAAAUAUACACUCGUGAUCAUGAGUUUUUCGAAGUCUUCAAAUUGCACUCGUGCUUCAGACUCAUGCAAUAUCGAUCGUCUUUGAAAACGUCACUCGUGCUGGUCUUUUUCAGAUUACACACACAUGCCUAUACCAACAACUAUAAUUCCAAAACGUUGUUUAGAUAAUUAAGUAUCGUGCACUAUCCUUAUUUCUUGUUGUUUCAACAGGUAAGAAUUUUAUCCGCGCUGAUCAAUAAUUUUAGGCGCAUUCGAAAAAUUAUUUCCGAGUUCUUUUCUGGCCGCACCUGGUGA